UUUGUGAACAGCAGCAGGUGAAACUCACCCUGCACAGGAUGAAUGAGGAGGAUCUUUGGUGUCAUCUGAUACCAUAGCAACCAGCAACAGUCGGUGUCACCACAGGGAGUUUAUAACGGCUGGACAGCUUGUUUCCAUGGCGACUCGGAUGCAGCAGCUCGCCCACCCCAAACCCAACCGACUUAGAUAUCCAGAUCGUCGGUCUGUUUACUGGCUGGAUGAGCUGCCACCAGAGAGGAGAGCAUCCACCACUGAGAUCGGUGCACCGGUCUUUUCCUGUUUACAAACCUCUUCUCUGCUGUUCUUUUGUUUGUUUUAUUUGUUUGUUUUGUUUCCAACAGAGUUAACGCCUCGCUGGUCGAACCUGUGCAGAGGCAAAAAGUUCUACACUCAAGUCACAGUCUCUCCCAUAUGGGAGGUGAGUGAAUGGGCUCUCAGGGCUGUUGCAUCGGAACGGUUGUGUUGCCUGGCUCAACCUCGGGGGACUGCAGCUGGCUGGAAAACGGAACGCCCACUGCUGGUGCCUUUGGGCAGAGCGACGCAGACGGCGAUCGCCACUUCGCGGAUUUGCCAGCUCGCCCAGCCGAAGAGAAGACUUCUAGAAGGACCCGGCCACAAACCUAAACCUGCACCCCCCGCCCACUCGCCCUCCAAAGCGACUGCACACAUAGAGCUGCUGGCCAGUGAGUCUUCAUUUACCGUCGUUUCGUGUUCCAAACAUAUUGUUUACUUGUUUAAUUGUUCGUCUCACCAGCACCAAAGCACGACCAUCCCAAGUUCGAAGGGGAGCGCUCUGUGUGCUGGCCUGUUUCCAGAUCAGCAAGAAACCACGUAGCCAGCGAGAGACUUCUUGAUCUGUCCAGUCCCAAAGAGAGGAAGGCUCUCUUUGAGGGAUAUGACCCAUACGUCGUAAGCCGGACGGCCCGCUCGGCCAGACCCUCCCCUCGAAUACAACAGCUCUGUCGACCACUGCCUCGCAAAUGUAGCUCAAAAUAGGAAAAAGGACACCACACAUUUGGAGAGUCGUUGAGAUAUUUUCCGUUUGAAAGAGCUUUUAUUUGCUGUGCUAUAUAAAAAUACUCCUGGGUAAAACAGUA